AUGAUGUUUCCUGGCCUCCUCGCGCCCCCCGCGGGGUAUCCCAGCCUCCUGCGACCCACGCCCACCUUGACGCUGCCCCAGUCCCUGCAAUCGGCGUUUUCCGGCCCCUCCAGCUUCCUGGUGGAGGACCUGGUCCGCAUCAGCCGGCCCCCCGCCUACCUGCCCCGCCGCGUGUCCGCAGCCAGCGCGUCACCCCCCAGGCAAGAGGCCGCGGCGGCCAUCACCGACUCGGGGACCUCGGACCUGGGCUCCCCGGGUCCCGGUGGCCGGCGGGGCGGCUCUUCGCAGACUGCCCUCUCCCCUGCCAGCGAGCCCACGUUUCUGAAGUUUGGGGUGAAUGCCAUUCUCUCCUCGGCGCCCAGAAGAGAAGCCUGCCCGGCCUUGCUCCAGAGCCCGCCUCCCAAGACGUUCGCCUUCCCUUACUUUGAGGGCUCCUUCCAACCCUUCAUCAGAUCUUCUUACUUCCCAGCGUCCUCCGGCACCGUGCCCGUCCCCGGGACCUUCUCUUGGCCGCUGGCAGCGCGCGGGAAGCCUCGCCGUGGCAUGCUGCGCAGAGCCGUGUUCUCCGACGCUCAGCGCAAGGCGCUGGAGAAGACGUUCCAGAAGCAGAAGUACAUCAGCAAGCCCGAGCGCAAGAAGCUGGCGGCCAAGCUGGGCCUGAAGGACUCCCAGGUGAAGAUCUGGUUCCAAAACCGCCGCAUGAAGUGGCGCAACUCGAAGGAGCGCGAACUCCUGUCCAGCGGGGGCUGCCGCGAGCAGACGCUACCCACGAAGCUCAAUCCGCACCCCGACCUUAGCGACGUGGGCCAGAAGAGCCCCGCGGGGGAGGAGGAGGACGAGCGCCCCGGCAGCCCCCGGCCCCGCGCGCCCUGCCUCGCGCCCUGCGACGACGCGCACCUGCGGGCUGCGCCGCCGCCUCCCUCGCCCACCUCUCCCGCGCCCGGCAGCCCCGGCAAACCUUCGGACUUUUCCGACUCCGAGGAGGAUGAGGACGGCGAGGAUGAGGAAGAGAUCACCGUGUCCUAACUGCUUUGAAAUUGAGGUGAAA